AUGUGUGAGAGCUUCGCGCGCUCUCUGCUGCGGGUCUCCGUGGCCCAGAUGUGUCAGGCUGUAGGCUGGGACGCGGUGCAGCUGAGCGCCUGCGAUCUGCUCUCCGACGUGCUGGAGAGAUACGUGCAGCAGCUGGCCAAGAGCUGCCACCGUUACUCUGAGCUCUAUGGACGUACAGACCCUGGAUUGAGUGAUGUAGACCAGGCUUUUGGGUUUCUGGGAGUCAGUAUAGCUGAACUUGAGGACUAUGUAAAUAAUGUUGAGCCUAUCGGUUACCCACAAACAAUCCCUCAGUUCCCCAUCAGCAAGAGCAGCGUUCUGCAGUUUCCCGCCGCAGGCUUCGACACUGAUGCCCGCGACGCUCUCAGGGGUGAGAGGAGAGACUACAUCCCAGAAUACUUCCCUCCACUUGUCUCCCUGCAGGAAGAUGAGGAAGAGGAGGAACCAGUUCCUGCAGACAUGGGCACUUCAGCUGAGGCCAUGCAGGUCUCCAUGGGUGAGGAAGAGGAUGGUGAGGAAGAGGAAAAUGAUGAAAACUGGCUUAGUCGUCAUGAUGGACAGAGUCCCAGACCGGAGGGGUUAUUACCCGCCGCUAAGAGACCUCGCCUUAGCACCAAACCCGGCGUUAGUCCAGAAUGGAGUUAUGAACCUCGGGAGCCCCUCAGUUCACUCAACUCCCAACACAUGCCCCAUUCACCCUCCCCUCCGCUCUCCCCCGAAUUACCCCGACCUCCUGUGGCACCGCCUACACCUGGACACAAGCCCAAACUGCCAUCACCUUCUCCUGCCCGGCAGAAGAACAAGUCACCCAAAAGAGGGGGUGCUGCACCCACUGGUGUAUUGGGGCGACCACUUACAUUGACCCCACCCAAGACUAAUCAGAAAGCAGGAAAGAGAUCACCUGGUAUGCCCAAAAGUCCUCGCAGCCCAAGGCCAAGUUCUGCCCCUUUGGGCAUAGCUGGGCGUGGUUGGCCUGGACCUCUUGCAGAUGAUAGUUCUCGUGAUGGACAGUUUAAAUGUAAUGACACAGAUGACAAGGAUAUUGAGAACUCUAUUGCUGCUGUAAUCGCUCGCGCUUGUGCAGGUGAAGAUGGCACAUCAGACCCAUUUGCAUACGACUCUGACUCAGACAGUGAGGGUCCACACCCUCCAAAACCUGUGCCCAAACAUACACUAAGCCACAUCAAACCUCCACAAGCUCUCACUAGUAAACACCUGCUUCCACCAGUUCCCCCACUUCUUAACCCGCCUAUCCGUUGGACAAUGGAUGACUCGAUAGAUGAGGUCAUUCGAAAGGCCAGUCAGGGACAAAAGCCAAUUCAACCCCCAAGUCUUUCCCCGCUAGAGCCCCCUUACCUGUCAUCACCAUCUGACUCACCUCCCACACCGCCACCACCCCUCAAGCUGACCCAAGAAAGGAAAGAUUCACCUACUGGUAAUCUUCUGAAAAAGAAACUCAAGAAGGACAUCAAGACCAAGUUAAAGAAGAAAGACAAGGAGCGACUCAAGGAGAAGGGCAAAGAAAAAGGAAAGAACAAGGAGAAAAAUAAAGAGAAGAAGCGGGAAAAGGAGAGAGGGCAGGUGGAGGAGAACAAGAUGCCCUGGCCGGAGCUAUCGCUUGUAGUCGGCGGAGAAGAGCGGAGAGAUGGCAUUGGCGGGAAGAAAGAGAAGGACAAGCACAAGGACAAGAAGAAAGAUAAAGAGAAAGGCAAGAAAGAGAAAGAGAAACGAGACAAGGGCAAGGAGCGGGGCAAGGAAGAGAAAAGGAUAUCUCAAGGAACCAAAGACAUUGCCAUUGCCGUCGCCGGUGCCACCAGCCCACUCUUCAGCCCCCAGACCUGCUUAAGAAUCCCAUCAAUGUUGCCCCCUUUGCCACCAAUACUCCCUGAUAAGUUGUUCCCACACCCCAAGGAUAUAAAGAGCAAAGACAAGGACAAGAAGAAGGAUAAGAAAGAGAAGAAGAAGAAAAAAGAGAAGGAGAAAGAUCGAGAGAAGGAGCGGGAGAAGGAACGGGAGAAGGAACGCACAAAGGAGAAGGAGCGAGAUAAAGAGGAGAAGAAGAAAGACAAAGAGAAGAAGGAAAAGACAAAGGAAAAGGAGAAAGACAAGCCAAAAUUAGAGAAAACUAGUCUAAUGGCUGAAAUUCCUCCUGCUGUCCCACCGUCUCCUGUCAUACCCCGACUGACCCUCAGAGUGGGCGCCGGACAAGACAAGAUUGUGAUCAGUAAAGUGGUGCCAGAUACAGAGCCCACUCCUCCUCCACCGCGGACCCCAGUGGCCCGAAUGGGUCCCGGAGCCCGAAUACGUCCUCCUCCAGUUCUUCCUCCACCUGCCCCGCCUCCUGCAACCCCUCCACCUCGUCCUCCACCCGUGCUGCCUCCACCUCCACCUCCAGCGGCCCCCAUCCAGACUCCACCCAACCAGGCUAAGGCUCGUGGCUGCAGCGUCGUCACCGAGACUGUCAGUGCUUAUGUGAUUCGGGAUGAAUGGGGUAAUCAGAUCUGGAUUUGUCCAGGAUGUAAUAAAGCUGAUGACGGUAGUCCAAUGAUCGGAUGUGAUGAGUGCGAUGACUGGUAUCACUGGCCUUGUGUGGGUCUUCUUGCCGCUCCUCCCGAGGACCAGUCCUGGUUUUGCAUAAAAUGUGCUGGCAAGAAGAAAGACAAGAAGACAAAAAAAAGGAAACGCAAAGCGCACUGA